ACGGCAUCGGCGCUGCCUCCCGGACAGGCUUCACUGGGGCUUUCGCCCCGGCGGCAGCACCGCGCGGCAGCCGCGCCAGGGCCGCGCCGCAGAUGAAGUGCGAGAACUGCAGCAAAAAGGAAUGCAGUAAAAAACAGAAAAAUGAUGAUACACAAAGUACAUCUGUUGAUGCAUUGAGUUCAAAUGAUGGCUCUGAAGAGAAAAAUGAGUUUGAUACAUUGGCUAAUGCUAAAAUACUCCUUAGCGACUGCCUAGCUUGUGACAGUUGCAUGACAUUGGAAGAAGGAGCCAGAGUUUUCCAGCAGAAUCAGAAGGAGUUCUUUCGUGUUCUCAACCUUAAUAAGAAAUGUGAUACCUCAAAACACAAAGUGUUGGCAGUGUCUCUAUGCCCUCAGUCAUUGCCUUAUUUUGCUGCUAAAUUCAAUCUCUCUGUGAAUGAAGCAGCCAAGAGACUCUGUGGUUUCCUCAAAAGUCUUGGGGUGCAUUAUGUGUUUGACACCACCAUAGCUGCAGAUUUCAGUAUCCUGGAGAGCCAGAGGGAAUUUGUGCAGCGGUACCAACGGAGGAACCAGGAGGAACAUGCCUUACCAAUGUUUGCCUCUGCUUGCCCUGGUUGGAUCCGUUAUGCUGAAAGGGUGCUCACCAACCUGGUGACCUCUCACAUCUGCACUGCAAAGUCCCCACAGCAGAUCAUGGGCUCCCUAGUGAAGGGCUACUUUGCCAGGCAGCAGAACUUGUCUCCUGAUAAAAUUUUCCAUGUGGUCGUGGCACCUUGUUAUGACAAAAAGCUGGAAGCCUUGAGGGAAGAUUUCUACACUGCCUUGUAUAAUUCAGCAGAAGUUGAUUGUGUCCUGACAUCAGGUGAAAUUGUCCAGAUAAUGGAACAGAAAAAUGUGUCAGUGAAAGAUGUGACUGAAGUAGCUGUAGAUAGUUUGUUUGAUGGCUUAAAGGAGGGAGAUGUAGUAAGGCAUGAUGGCAAGAGAUCUGAUGGUUACCUGGAGCACAUUUUUAAACAUGCAGCAAAGGAGCUUUUUGGUGUGGAUGUCAAGGAGAUAACCUACAAAGCACUAAAGAACAAGGACUUUCAAGAAGUUACCCUUGAAAAAGAUGGGGAGACAGUGCUGCGUUUUGCAGCAGCUUACGGCUUCAGAAAUAUCCAAAACAUGGUCCUGAAGUUGAAAAAAGGAAAGUUUUUCUACCAUUUUGUAGAAGUCCUUGCCUGCCCAGGAGGGUGCCUGAAUGGAAAGGGCCAGGCCCAGACUGAGGAUGGCAAACCAGACAGAGCCCUGCUGGCCCAGAUGGAGGAGGUGUACACUGCCAUUCCUGUCAGGCUGCCAGAAAGCAACCUGCACGUGCAGAGGAUGUACCAGGACUGGCUGGAGGGCAUGGACUCCAAGAAGGCCCAGGAUACUCUGCACACCACCUACAGUGCAGUAAAUCAGAGCACGAGCAGCCUGGACAUCAAAUGGUAACGACUGCAGGGCAGCACUGGAGCCCUCUGGCUCAGGCAGGCUCUGCCCAGCUGGGGCUGCUUGGGAAGAAACAUUGCUUUGCAAAACCACACAAGCUCCAAAAGCCCUGGCUCCUGCCACUGUCAUUUCAUUUUACUGUUUGUCAUUUCCUGCAUACAGUGGAUUUCUUCAUUCUAAUCUUGCAAGGUACAUUAGCCCUUUGUGCCAGGGACAGGGAGUGGAAUUCCUGAUCAAGUUGCUCCCUGAAGUGAAGGUUCACUGCACAAAAUGGGCUCCUCCAAGAGGGUGAGAUGAUUUUACUUCUAGGUCUGCAGUCCCUGUCAACACAGGAAUUUCAGUAUUGAUACAGUUGGGAUUUACUUACCUUGGUAAGGAAAAGCCCUUUUAAAGGACAAGUGAGUAUGUGGAGAGAUGUAAUGAAUUUCUAUAAGCCUUGUAUCCAUAAUUCAGCAAAAAAAUACUCAGUUCUAAACUAGCCACCAUUUCUUACUGAUGUAGUGUCACAGAGUGCUUCACACAAACUGAAUCUGGGAAGCUAAUGCUAAAUGGUUCAUUUAAAAUAGUUCCAAAUAGGUUGGUUGCUACAAAAAGAGAACUUUCUUCCCAUAUAAGUUUUCUGCCAAGCUUGCAGCCAGCAGUAGUGGUGCUGCUUGCUUUGGCUUCUCUCUGAGAGUGGAACAUGCCCAGAUUGUUCUUUCAUUUGUCUCCAUGUUUGAAAGACUUCUGCAAAAAAUAACCUCCUGGGGUGCCUCUGAGAAAAAAUACUGAGCGAUGCUUGUGAGCCCAUCAGAGUUAUGGUAUGUUGGCAUCAUGAUUUUUGAUCCACUUAUUUUUAUAAAUAUGCUAUAGAGGUUCAUUUAACAGACAUUGUGAAGUGGUACUGCCAUUCAGCUCAUCUGCAACUUCCCCAGUUGUCAGAGAGUUAUUCAAGAAUGUGAUGGACAAAAGAAAUUAAGACUCCUGCCAGACUUCUUCAGAUCUUCCUGAUAGCAUCAGAUCUGUUCACAAUUAAUGGCUGUUUGAAGCUAGCAAAGUUCUAGCUUUCCUUAUGCAGCCUGAGUGUGAUGGGCUUUUUUAACCAUUUCAUGCAGUUUGAAUCAAUCUUCUUGCAAAUUUCUUCAAUGUUACUACUGCUUGUAUGAGUAAGAAAUCCUGCAAAAACCUGUGAGUGUUUAAAAUGCACAUUUAACCUGGACACAGUGGAAUGAGAUGGAGCAUCAGGGGAGGCAGGGCAAGAGCUGGCAUUGGCUCUAGACCAGGGAGGCUGAAAAGGAGAGAGACAGUGAAGUGUCACCCUGCUGAUAAAAACCAGCUCUCUUAAUGUGAAGCUGUUAAAAAUUGCAGCUUUCCAUUGGACCUCCCCCUAAAUAACAAACCAUUGCACUUGGAGGGAAUUUUCUUUCAAGUGCAAACAAAUUUAUUUACUGCACUACCUGAAUGCCCACAAUGAGAUUAUACCCAUGAAUUGUAAAAAUUAGCCUUUGCAAGUUGUUCCUUGUGGUAAGAACCAUAUUUACUGUGGUGCAAUAUCAGAACAUCGACAGAAAUCUACCUCUGUACAGGAAGGGAGUCCAGGAGCUGUGGGAAGAGCUGUGUGUAGCUGAAGUGUAAUAGAUGUUUGCUGGAGAAACGUGGGGGUGUUGUGUGACAUUUCAAACCAGAUCACUUUCAGAAGCAACAUCCACCUCCUUCGGUCUGAUUUUGUUCAUCUGCUGUGAUUUCCUCCAAAAACUCCCCCAGAAUUGUAAUGUAAUAAAUGGUCCUGUUCUGUUUGUAUAGGCCUGUUUCUCUGUAUAUAUGGUUUGUAGCUGAUGCAUGUUUAAAUUAUAUCUCUGCUGCUCUUUG